AUGGCCAACAUCCUCCGACCUGUCGACCCAACCCCCAACGGCGUCGUGUCCUACGGGCUCAUUCGCCAUCGGAUCUACGUCAAGCCUCCCUCCAUGGAUCGCUUUUUACGGCGUGAGUUAGUCGCACUUCCUUUUGGUGGGCUUCGAAGCGACAUGGCCGUUAAAGCGGAGGCCAGGACACAAGACAAAGCAGCAACAGUGGAUAAAGCGGCGGCGGGAACAUCAGCAGAACGUAGGGCUGACCGCGGGGAUAUAUUUUACGAGAAGUUGAUUGUGUUCAAGAUGAGCCACGGACGUGCACAAGAAAAGGCUGCGUUGGACCAGCAAACCCUGAGCAGCGACAACUUGCUCCGCAAGCGCGAGUUUGACGCCGCCAAGAAAGAAAAUGUAGACGCGGCACCUUAA